AUGUCUACACUCUUCAUUAAUACAAGUCACUUACCAGCAGAUAUGUUAACGUUUAAUGAUAAUAAAUUUUAUGAUUUUGUCAAAAAUAUUUGUGGAGAGACCGAAGCUGAAUUAUUAGAAGUGCAACAAAUAGUAAAUGCUCAGUCUUUAUUAUUGACUGAUGAUGUAUUUGGGAUUAUGGAUGUCGAUUGUCCGGAUUUAAUUGAUUUAAAAAAGAAAAUAUCAUUUACAUUAGCUGAUGGCUCAUUUCUUUUAAAAGCUGGUAUUAGAGAAAAUAUUAAAUAUUUAAAAGAACUAUUUUUGAAAAAAAAUGAAGUAAUGAAAGAGACAAAAUUAAAAUCAAAACAACAAACAACCAUAACAACAGCUGUUAGUAAUUCCACUCCACCACCAUCAUCAUCGAUUAUAACCAUAGCACCAGUUUCAACUAAUUCAUGGUGUUUAGAUAAUAAAGAAAACGCUGGUUUAGAUGAUUUUCAAUUAAGAGGUGGAGAAGAUUUUACAUUAAAAUUACAUGAUAACCAUAAUAUUUUAGAAGCAGCAAUUACAUGUAAAUGUGGCUCAAAUUUCUCAUUAACGAAAAAGGAUAAUAAAUUUCAAUUGUCAAAUUUUUACAAACAUAUAAAAAAAUUGAAUUGUUCAUUAAUGAAAGAAUUUGUAAAGAAAAAUAACAAACAGAAAAGAACUAAUGUUCAAAUAUCAUCAUCAUCGACAUCACCAGUACAAUCACAACCAUUAGUUCAAAUAAUAACGAAUCCUAUAGUUGCACCAUCUCCAUCCACAAGUAGUAUAUCAACAACAGCACCAACGAAAAACAAUUCUAAACGUUCUGCACCAGCAUCAAGUAUACCAGCGCGAUCAUCAAAGCGAAAAAAACUAUAA